AUGACGGGUGAGCUAGAGUUACCACCGGGGUUCAGAUUUCAUCCGACGGACGAGGAGUUGGUGAAUCAUUAUUUGUGUAGGAAAUGUUCAUCGCUGCCUCUUGCUGUUCCAAUUAUUAGGGAGAUUGAUCUGUAUAAGUAUGAUCCAUGGCAGCUCCCAGACAUGGCUCUUCACGGUGAAAAGGAAUGGUAUUUCUUUACCCCAAGGGACAGAAAAUAUCCAAACGGUUCGCGGCCGAACCGGGCAGCUGGAACCGGAUACUGGAAGGCGACCGGAGCGGACAAGCCGAUUGGGAAGCCCAAGCCUCUGGGAAUAAAGAAAGCACUUGUUUUCUAUGCUGGAAAAGCCCCUAGAGGAGUCAAAACAAAUUGGAUCAUGCACGAAUACCGUCUGGCUAAUGUGGAUAGGUCUGCUGGCAAGAAAAACAACUUGAGGCUUGAUGACUGGGUCUUAUGUCGAAUUUACAACAAGAGAGGUUCAGUGGAGAAAUAUUACGCUGCAGACCAAAACAUGAGAAACUUGACAGAAAUCGACGAGAGAAAACCAAAAAUUAUGGUACCAACAAAAACAAUGAUCACCGACGACCAAAUACACAUGGACACGUCGGACUCCGUGCCAAAAUUGCACACCGACUCGAGCUGCUCGGAGCACGUGGUGUCCCCCGAGUUCACGUGCGAGAGGGAGGUCCAAAGUGAAGCCAAAUGGAGUGAGGUAGACAAUUAUUUUGGGUUCAAUUACAACAUGGAUGAUGGCUUUUCGGAUGACCCUUUUGGCCGUCAGCUUCAGUUUCAAAUGGACCAGCUCUCCCCUCUUCAGGACAUGUUCACGUACCUACAGCAGCCCCUUUAA